CUUGCUAUGACAAAUGUAACUGAUGCAAAGCAGCCAACAAUCUGUGGUUCAAUUUUGGUCUAGUCCACUGUUGUAGGCUACUAUUAAAACUAUAAUAAACUAUCUCUGGCUACACUAUGGACUAUCUGUCGUGGUGGUCGCCCUACACUUCCAAAAUAACAUUUUGAUGUAAUAUCACAUCAGGGCAAUAAAGGGACGGUUAUAGAUUGGGAAUCAUAGCAUACACGUUUGUUUGUAAAUAUUUCCAUCUGCAUUGUUUAAUGUAUCUACAUUUCUAAGCUACCCAGAUAACUUUGCCUGAUAAGCAACAAAAAAAUUGUACCGGAAGUGAUAUUCACGUGUCAACCCGGCUCGUUCCGUUCGUUGCUGAGGUGGAGCUGUGCGUGGUGAAGUUGCCUGAAACAAUAGAAGAGCAUAUGCAAUAGCAUGUGUUUAUAGUAGAGCUAUUUGCUUAUAGUUUUACUAACUGAAUUACCGUGGUCUGAUUUUACGAGAUGACACAAAACUGCAGACCCCUCAAGCGCCCUGGUGUCGGAGUAGGGGUUCUUGUAACAGAUUCAGCUCACUCCAACUGCGUCCUCGUAGGGAAGCGAAAAAGUGCAAUGGGCAAAGGAACGUAUCAGCUACCUGGCGGCCAUCUGGAAUUUGGAGAGACCUGGGAAGAAUGCGCACACAGGGAGGUGAUGGAAGAGGCAGGAGUGCGCCUGAAAGAAGUCAGGUUCGCAUCCGUGGUGAACUCCAUCAAGCUCGAUGAGCAGUACCACUACAUCACCAUCAUCAUGCAAGGAGAAGUGGACAGGAGCUACCCAGCAGAGCCAGUCAACCUCGAACCAGAGAAAAAUGAAGGUUGGACAUGGACACGGUGGGAUCAGUUUCCUCAAGAGGACCAACUCUUCCUGCCUCUGGCAUGCCUGAGACAACAGGGCUUCCAGCCGUUCAACGCCACAUAACACUGCAGCUACCCAGAAACAGAGAAGAGAGAGGCGAAGCACAGGGAUAGAAGACGCGUACAUUAGAACUGCUUUUUGUAGGACCUAAUCAAGUCAGGCAGUUGGGUAUACAUGGUGACGGUUGAACUAAUGUUGAUCAGCACCAUUGGUUGGGUAAACAUGGCAACGGUUGCUGGACUUAUGAGGGGACAACUCAUGGAUCUAACAGAAGAAGGAAGUUAUGACAACAAAUCAUUGAAUGUAUUUAUAUCACUGAAAUGUUAAUUCAAAACACACUGUACUACAAAUAACCUGUAUGUGUUUUGUCAAUAUUAAAAGUAACAUUAGAAGUAGAUGAUAAUUUAACAGUUUUACAGUAGAGUUUUAAAGACACAAGUAACAUACCACACUUGACACAAUAAGUGGGUCUCAUCUGACUCCUGCAGUUCUCCCAGUUUACAGCAGGAUGGCGCUAGAGACCCAGGCUGCCAGCAGUGUGGUCCACAGUGUUGCCGUGACGGUAGCAGCAUAGCUGUAGAAGACCUUGUCGUGUGCAUAGGUGAUGAUGUGGUGUGCUCCGGCGUAGGCCUCCUCACAGGUGGGCUGGAUCUGGUCCUCUGGGAGCUCGAAGCCGUGUUUGCCCUUGUCCCUCAGCUCAAAGGUGAAAGACAACGGGAUGCCGAUCAGCCUGCCAAAGUCCUGAGACGAUCCCGAGAAGGGAUCUGGAGACAGAGAGAGAGAGUUUUAUAGGCCAGUAGUUGUAUAGUCUCUUCCCAUUGGAUUGCCAUGUGUCUGAGUAUAGAUGUGGGUCUUGAUAAAAUGGGAUUAAACAGGCAU